CUUCUCAUCCCGAACUUUCGAUCUUCUUCUUUCGGUGCUCAUCGUCUCCUCUCUCAUCGACAGGCAAAAAACGAAACCCUAGCGAAGAUGAUGCACAUGACCUUCUACUGGGGCAAGAAAGUGACCCUUCUCUUCGAUUUCUGGAGGACGGAUUCAUGGCUCAGCUACUUCCUCACCUUGCUCGCUUGCUUCCUCUUCUCCGCCUUCUACCAAUACAUGGAGGAUCGCCGUCUCCGAUUCAAGUCCCUCGCUGCCUAUCGCCCUCCGCCGUCCUCCUCGACAGCUCCUCUCAUCCCCAAACCCGCCGGAUCCGGGCCCAGAUCCACCGCUAGGGCGGCGUCGACGCUGCUCUUCGGCGUCAACGCCGCGAUCGGGUACAUGCUGAUGCUCGCGGUGAUGUCCUUCAACGGCGGCGUUUUCAUCGCGGUGGUCGUUGGGUUGACCGUCGGAUACCUCGUGUUCAGGUCCGGCGAUGACGGCGGCGAUGCGGCGGCGGAGAAUCCAUGCGCUUGUGCUUGAUCCUUUCUCCGGUGGAAAGCCCUAGAGAGGAAAUUCAACAAAAGGGCAUUGCUUUCUCGAUAGCGCUUUCUCGGGCGAGAUCUUCUCGCGGCUCGGGUCUUGAAGAAUCAUCCGACAUCUUCAGCAGUGGAAACUCUACGAAUGUUGGUUUUGUUUGCUUGAUAAGUUGCUUAGAAGAUUAGGUUGUAUGAUAUCCAACUAGUUUGCUCCCUUGGAAUAAAUUUCACGCUAUGUAUUAAUAACUCUUUAUUUACGCAUUUUAUUUGAAUUGAACCGUAUCAUUCAAAUUUUAAAGAAACAGAUAUUAUUAUA